AUGAAUUAUCUCUUUCUCUUCAUCCUUGGGCUCUUCCAACUGGCAUGCGCUGCCAAAUCGGGCACGUAUAAUGCCGGCUGGCCGGUGGGCGAUGCUACGUGGAAGCAAACUGAUUCGGACUUUGAGAAGGAAACAGGUAUCAGUCAAUACAGACUUUUUGAGGCUGAUGGCUUGAUCUACAAGUACCAACUUGAUGUUAUUGUGAGCGAAGUGCAAGGAACUUUUGGCUGUACAUAUUACUUCAUUGAUGCCACCGACCAAUACUCUCUCACUGUUUUCCUUACUGGCGAGCAUACGGUCAGCUACAACUCCGACGAUCCUUAUAUUUUGAUGGUGAAGGCCACAGACCGUGGAAGGAUAUCUAACUGGGCUUCUGAUAACAACAGAAUCUUUUUCAAAAGUCCGACGCCUUGCUUUAUAUAUGCAUUCAACAUGCAGUAG